UGUUACAGGCUUUCAACACCUACAAGGAUAGUCUUUCCAGAUCAACACUGCUAGCUCACCCCAUCGCGAAUGCACCGCUAGCCCUUGUCACCGACGCCUCGAGCACGGCCCUGGGAGCGGUUCUCCAGCAAUAUGUCAACUGUGAGUGGCAACCAUUAGCGUUCUUUUCAAAAAAGCUGAAGAAAGCACAAUGUAUGUACAGCGCUUAUGAUAGGGAACUUUUAGCAAUAUACGAGUCAACCAAACAUUUUCGCCACAUGUUGGAAGGCAGACACUUUUCAAUAUACACAGACCAUAAGCCUCUUAUGUUCGCUUUCCAGCAACGCGAUCGCCAAUGUUCUCCAAGACAAUUCAACCAGUUGGAUUUCAUAGCUCAAUUCACAACAGAAAUUAAGCACAUCUCAGGGAAGGAUAACAUCACUGCCGACACUAUGUCACGCAUUGAGCAAAUAUGUUCACCACCGGACCUACACCAGUUGGCACUGUCUCAACAGCGCGAUGAAGAACUGAUCCAGAUCAUAAAAGAUGGACACUCUUCACUCAAGCUGCAGGAAAUCCCGGUACCAGAUCUUUGCGGAGUACAGCUACGCCAGACAACAGCAUACCAUCCGGCAGCUAACGGGAUGGUUGAGCGGCUACAUAGGACCCCGAAAGCAGCGAUCAUGGCUCAUGAUGACAAGCGGUGGACAGACGUGCUUCCCACAGUAUUGCUGGGAUUGCGGACAGCGUGGAAGCCUGACAUCCAGAGUUCAGCAGCAGAGUUGGUAUACGGUGAGGCCCUCAGGAUACCUGGACUUUAAAUCUCCCAAGGGGGUGGUGUGGCGCAUCACUACAUCGACGACGUCCCAUCACUACACCAGGCGAGCGAGGAGCAUGCGGGGGCGCGGAGACGCGCACACGCAGCGAGCUACCAGUUCGCCGCGGGCAUCGCCAGUGCCGCUCCAAACGACUCCGAGCACACCCGCGUCGCUUUGCUUACGCUCCCGCGCUAUUAUCCUCGCUACGAAGAAAGCAAAGACACACGACAUCUUCGGGCUAAGUCACGGGCGCACAGUCGGCAAUGAAGGAAGCGACAAGAGGAUCGUAUCGUACUUCGUGAACAAGGUGGCGAACGGGUCAGAGCGGCGUACAACUAGCUUGGAUGGCGAAUACGUGGUGGACUUGAAGAUAUACCAUGCCAACGACGUGAACAACACUGAUUCAAGAGAAGUCUGGCGCAAGGCUCUUCUACGAAUCAAGCUGCAGACUCCGGAUGACAGCGAUGAGUGGAAGUUGUUACAGAAGCUAGUUACACGAAUUGACAAAAACUUUGAAGAUGAACCACGAUUUUACUCUGACAAACAUGUAGAUUGAACACGAUUGAACAAA